UCUUCCCCCACCCAGAUUUCAAAUGCAGCUAUUUCAAUGACAUCAUGUUACUGCAGUUGGAAAAGAAGGCCAAGCUCACUGCUGAGGUGAGCCUCCUCAAAUUACCCUCAAGAAAAUCCCAGGUUACACCAGGGAUGGUGUGCACUGUGGCUGGCUGGGGACUCAUUGGCCAAAAUACAUCCACAACAAAACUGCAUGAGGUACAGCUUGAAAUCCAAAAGGACAAGGAAUGUCUCUCUCGUUUCAAAAUGUUUUACAACUCCACCAUCCAUAUGUGUGUGGGGAAUCCAAAGGAGAACAAGACUUCUUUUAAGGGAGACUCUGGGGGCCCCUUUGUGUGUAAAAACGUGGCCCAGGGCAUUGUGUCCUUUGGGAAAGAGGAGGGGAUACCUCCACGUGUCUACACCAGGAUCUCAACCUUUCAACGCUGGAUUGAAAAAACAAUGAAAUCCUUUAAACUCCAGGGACAAGACUAAGAAGCCUCCUGAAUUCAUCUUCAUCUUCUCUUGAACAAAGGCCCAAAGUACACUGGGUAGAGGAGUAGAGGGGACACUGCCAGGUGCUUAAUAAACUUUCAUCUCUAGAA